AGGCUGUUGAGUUAUUAAGUAUCCAGUCCCAAACGCUUAAGUAUGACCAACUCAUACAAACCGGCCGAGUGAUUGAAAAUGAAAAUAUUGCACAUUACUGACGGACUGCUGUAAAGUACAGCACACAGAUCAGUAAACAGAGUGACCAAUAACGGUGCUAUAUUUCACAUUUACAGUUAUGGCUGUAUAGCAGAGCUUUUCUAGCAGCCAAUAGCAUGCGCGAGUGUGACGACGCUGAUGACGCGGAGCUGUUUGGCGCGGAAGUUUGUUUUGUAACUUCGGUGUUUGGUCGUCCGUGGCUUCGUCUGCUCAGUAAAAAUGAUGCGCAAAAAGCGACGUUCCUCCGUGGAUAAAGGAGCGGGAGCUCCUGCAGCACCUAAAGUGAAGAAGAGUCGCAGCGCUGGUCGCCAGUCUAAGGAAGCUGCCCCAGAGGAGACCAAUCAGUGUGUGUUUGUUGACUUUGUCAGAGUGGCCGGUGUCAUCUUGAGACCGGGCGGCAUGCCUAACGAGAUAGGUGUUGACCAAGUAGUGUUUCAGAGACGAAUACAGCAGCAACUUCAGAAGAGCCCCAGGUACCCUGGUAUCAUUCAAGAGUUCAUCACAGCACUGGAGUCAUAUAUGGAGAACACUGACAGGUUUAGGAACUGCCUUCUUCCAUGCGUCCCACAGUCGUCUAAUGGAGACUCCAGUUCUGUCAGUUCAUUCCAGGAAAGCCUGCUGCGGAUGUUGUUGGGGAUUGAAAUGUUACAGACUUCCAUCAUUAACACCUUGCUUGAGAAGCUCCCUGAGUAUAUGUUAGAUAGUACCAGCGAUGGAGGAGUUAGUAUCCCACGCAUUAUUAUUAACCAACUCAAAUGGCUAGACAGAGUUGUGGACGCUAAGGAUUUGGCGUCAAAGCUCAUGGAGUUGGUGUCAGUAGCUCCGGUGGAGGUUCAGCGUGACAUCAUCACCAGUUUGCCAGAGAUACUGGAAGACUCCCAGCACAAUGAUACAGCCAGGGAGCUCAACUCUUUACUCCAGGAGAAGACUCAGUUGACCGUUCCCAUCCUGGAUGCACUUUCUAGUCUUAACCUCGCAUCUUCAUUGCUGACAGAGGUCCGUGGAGCUGUUAUGGCCACGCUGGCUGCUGUGCAGCUAGAGGACCUCCCCGUAGUGGUCAAGUUCAUCCUGCACUCUGUGUCGGCCUCUGAUGCAUACGAGGUUGUCUGUAAUCUUCGAAAAAAGCUGGAGCUUGAGCAAUGCGUCCUUCCGCCUGUGCUGCAAGCCUCUCAGAGUCGUAUGAAUAGUAAAGCAGCAGCCGGGUCUGCCUCCGCAGCAGCAGCUGGCAGCAGCCAGGACAGCAUCUCGUUGAUACUGGACUGCAUCAAGUCAGCAGUGCGGUUCCAGAAAACCAUUUCUGAGGCUUGGCUCAAGGCCAUAGAGUCUGUGGAUGAGGUGGAGGGGCAUAAGGUCAUGGAUCUGCUGGUGCUGCUUAUCCUUCACUCCACCAAUGCCAACCAGAGCCGACGGGGGGCAGAAAGAGUGCUGAAGGUCAAAGUGAGAAACGGACUGAUCCAAGAGGCUCUGUUACAGAGAACCUUCAGGGACUACGCUCAGGUCAUGCGAGGGUACUUCCCCUCCACCCUUGCUUUAGCUCAGAGUUUGGUGCGCUCACCCGACCCCUGCAUGGUGCCUUUCGGAGGACACAUGUACCGACAUGCGUUCACUGCGUUUGACUCUUACUGCCAUCAGGAGGUGGUGGGCUCUCUCGUGACCCACGUGUGUAGUGGUGUGGGUGGAGAGGUGGACGUGGCUCUGGAGCUGCUCUGUGGUCUAGUUAACGAGAAACCCUCGGAAAUGGCCAUGUAUGCUGUUUUUGUCAAGGGAAUCUUGGACUACAUGGACAACCUCACUCCGCAGCAGAUUCGAAGACUUUUCCACCUUCUGAGCAGACUGGCCUUUGGACAGAAGCAAGGAUCUCACAUUCAGGAUGAUAUGCACAUAGUGAUCCGCAAACAGCUCUCCAGCACUGUGCCCAAGUACAAGCGCAUUGGCAUCAUUGGUGCUGUGAUGAUUGUGGGCAGCAUGGGGGCAUUCAGGUCCAAAGCUAAGGAAUCGCAGAGCGGGUCGCUGUCCCAGGAGACACUCAGACAGGUGACGGCUCUGUUGGAGCUGGUGAAGUCGAGCAGUGAAAGCUCACCUGAGGCUGCAGCUCUUUAUUAUGAUGAACUGGCCAACCUGAUUCUGAGCUCUGCUCUGGACCCACAGGUCCAGGACAUGAUUGGAAAAAGUGUCCUUCAAGACUUUGAGGAUGACUUUGUAGUGGACCUGGGCCCGGAAAUAUCAGGGUCCUUUCCCUUUCCGGCUCGUGCAAUGUACAAAUUGUAUGAAGAUGAGGAUCAGGGAGGCAUUGCUAUCAACCUGAUGCCUCUGCUGGCCAAAGACAUCCAAAACAAAGGAGAGCAGCAAAAUCAAGUCAAUAAGGCACAUAAGCGAGUGUCUUCUCUGUGUUUGUCCCCAUUUUUCCGUCUCCUGAGGUUGUGUGUGGAGAAGCGGCAUCAGGGAGACUUGGAGGAGAUUGACGGCCUUCUGGGGUGCCCUCUGAUCCUAACAAACAUGGACGUAGUAGAGAAAGUUGAGAGCUUGUCAAAAGCUGAGAGGGAGUUCCUCUGUACUUUGCUCUUUCACACCAUCAACUGGUUCAGAGAGGUGGUAAAUGCAUUCUGUACACAAAAAGACACAGAUAUGAAGAUGAGAGUACUGACUCGCCUGCAGAACAUCACUUAUCUUCAGACACUGUUGGAGAGAGCUCUGGCAGGAACACCUGGCUAUGUGCCACCUAUUGCUAAUUUUGAUGGAGACGGUACAGAUGGGAUUGUACCUAAUUCCACUGUUCCUGUGAUUAAGAUAAAGAAAGAUGGCACAGGAAAGAAAAGAAAGGCCCCUGGUAAGAAUUCUUCAGAAAGCAGCUCACAGGCUGAAGAGGCGACAGAAGCAGAUGAAACUCAGCAGGAACAGCCAGAAAAGGAGAAGGAAAAGGAGAUCCGGCCAGGUGUCAGCCUGGCAUCCUACAGACCGUUUUUUAGGGAGCUCGACAUGGAGGUGCUUAGCGUUCUGCAGUGUGGGCUGCUGUCACGCUCGCUGCUGGACUCUGAGCUCCACACAAAGGUGCGAGAGGAGGUUCUGCUGGGCCCUGCUGAGCUCGUCUUGCUCCUGGAGGAUAUGCUUCGCAAAUUAGAGUUCAGUCUAACAGCUGCCCCGGCCAAAAGAGCUCCAUUCCUCAAGGGAAGAACUGAUAAGAGUGUGGGCUUCUCCCACCUCCAGCAGAGGAGCUCUAAGGAUAUUGCCUCUUAUUGUGUCCAACUUAUGCCUGCUCUCUGCUCACACCUGGAGAACUGCCACAACCACUUUCAGAUUAUGCUAUCUGAAAACAACGGCGUUGUUGAUGGACCUGCAACAGAUGUGGAGGAACACCAGUUAAUGUCUUCAGCCUAUCAGCUGCUGCUGCAGGUCCUGAACACUACCUUCAGCUGGUCUGGAUUUAGUCAACCAGGACAGAAGAGCUUACUGAAGAAGGCUCUGGGAGUUUUUGCUGGACGACUCAAAGAGGGAGGUGCUGAGUUGACUCUGGAGCAGCUUGUGAAACACAGUUUUGAAUAUCUGCUCAACUUCCGCAGCACAGUGCCAAAUCUCAGCAUAGCUCUGUGUCUCUCUCAGCUUCUCUCCACUGUGUCAGAGAAAGGAGCAAAUCCUGCUGCUUACAGAGAGCAGACUGCGUCCCUUGCACGGCGUUUCUUGAACCAGGACUGGGUGACGGCCAGUGGCGAGAAGGAGCGAGGCACCAAAUUCAAUGAAGCGCUUCACACUCUCCUGAGCAUCUAUCUGGACCAUGUUGAUGAUAUUCUGAAGGCAGUGGAGGAAAUAGCUGCUGAAGGAAUCCCAGAGCUCCUCAAUGCAUCAAAAGAUGAGAGCUCUGCUUCCUGGCCCACGCUCAGCAGGCAGACAUUCCUGGUGUUCUACAAAGUGUUAAUGGCAGAGCUUGAGAAAGCUGUUCGCAAGAUUCCUCCUAGCAAAAUGAGUGACAACACUGAGGCUCAGAGUGAGAAACUGCUGACAUGGAACUUGGCUGUCAGGGACUUUCACAUCCUGGUCAACCUGGUUAAGGUUUUUGAUUCUCGGCCCGUUCUCAACGUGUGCUUAAAGUAUGGCCGCCUUUUCCUGGAGUCUUUCCUGAAGUUGGGAAUGCCGCUGUUAGACUACAGUUUCAAAAGGCACAAGGAGGAUGUCCAGAGUUUGCUGAAGACCUUCCAGCUCAGCACUCGGCAGCUCCAUCACAUGUGUGGACAUUCUAAGAUGCAUCAGGAUACGAGCUUAACCAACCACGUGCCAGCCUUGAAGAAGAGCCUCGAGCUGUUUGUAUACAGAGUGAAGGCCAUGCUGACGCUCAACAACUGUCAGGAGGCCUUUUGGCUGGGUAAUCUGAAGAAUCGCAACCUGAAGGGGGAAGAGAUUCUUUCUCAGAGGUCACAAGAAGAUGAUGAUGAUGAGGAGGAGGAGGAGGAGGAGGAGGAGCAGCAGCAGCAGCCGGAGCGUUCACCACCUCCACAGGAGCAGUCAGAAGAUGAGGCCCAGGAGAGUGACUCUGAGGGAAUUAAGAAGGUUAACAGAGCGGAGAAUGUGGACCAGGAUGAUACUUCAGAUGACUCUGAGUAAUACGUCUUUACUGACAUAAUAAUAAAUGUUUGAAUCUUCCUAUUUUCGUUUUUUUUCUAUUUACAGAUGAAAAAAUCUCAUUACUGUUAAUCCUAUUAAAUAAGUUAUCACACUAGGUCACAGUCUUAAAAAAAAGUGUUUGUUACAUUUGAAAGUGGUGGAUGAAUAUGUCAUUCAUAUGUUAUAUUUUAAAAUGCUUACCCAUUUAACGAUUCUCAUAAAAUACCUUGUUUAUCAGCUUUGAAACUGUAAAAAAUAAAAAUGAUUUUGAUGGUUUCAUUUGA